GAAAGCUUCCAUUUGGCGCUAUUGUCCGCUCGCAACAAUGAUAUCAUCGGAAUAAAGUGUGUGUGUGUGUGUUUACUUAUAUAGAGGUAUAAAGAGAGUGUAGUCUGAUAAGCUAUCUUCAUAUAGAGAUAUAUAAACAUGCGGGCAGAUUUGAUUUGAGAGAAGCUAUAGCCGAUAGUCAGAUAUAGAAGCCAGAGUCAACGCCAUGUUACCGAGCGUUGUGGCUCACAGAGCCCACAACAUGUCUGAGGCCGGAGCAAAUGGCAGCAGCGAGGCACCCGCCGCGGAACUGGCGCAGCUGGCGCUGGAGGAGACCGCACCGAAGGUCAGUUUUUCGGAUCAGUUCAAGGCGUUCUCCAAGUUCGGCGAUACCAAGUCCGAUGGCAAGCUGAUAACGCUAUCGCAGAGCGACAAAUGGAUGAAGCAGGCGAAGGUGUUCGACAAGCAGAUCACCACCACCGACACGGGCAUACACUUUAAGAAGUUCAAGGCCAUGAAAAUCACGCUGGCCGACUACAAUAAGUUCCUCGAGGAUUUGGCCAAAACGAAAAAGGUGGAGCUGGCGCAGAUUAAGCAAAAAAUGGCCGGCUGUGGUGCACCGGGCGUGCAGCAGGUUUCGGCGGGCAAAGCCGCUGCCGCUGUGGACAGGCUGACGGAUCCCAGCAAGUAUACGGGCUCGCACAAGGAGCGCUUCGAUGCCACCGGCAAGGGCAAGGGCAUUGCCGGGCGACGCAAUCUGGUCGAUGAUUCCGGCUAUGUCAGCGGCUAUCAGCACAAGGACACCUACGAUGGCGCCCAUUAAUACCCCUCGACAUGCUCGACAUUUACACACACACACACACACACAUACACAUCUCCUUGUUUUGUCUCACAAUUUUCCUGAUCUUUGGCUAAUUUAUUACCCGUUUUCCAAUGGUAGCACCAGUUAUUUUUGUAUUUCCUUCAUUUUCCUUUUCUUAUUACAUAUAAGUUGUGAUUAAGUGCUUAAAAAUAAAUUUUUUUUUAUUAAUUUA